CUUGAUGACCUUAAUUGCAAGCACUAAUGGGCCAGGACAAUAAGAUAGAAAGGGCCUAACAGUAGAGAGAUGCCAUGCUUUCUUGAUAUCUUCCCGGCUCAGUUCAUUUUGCGGGCGGUCAACAGUCAUUCAGUUCCUCUUCCCUCUGCUUUCUUCCUCUCGGACGACGGCACUGUGUCUCGGGCGGUCGGACAACGUACCUUAGGGAAGCUCUUCUUCGUUGCUUUUCGCAUUGUUUUUCCUCUGAAUUCACUCCGACAUGACGUCGAGAGCACUCGGCAUGUCGAUGAGCUACUCCAAAGCGGCCUCUUCGAGGCGUUCGAUCACGACCCUGCCUCCCCUCUCUGAGAGAAUUAAGCAAACAGAAAAUGAGAUUGUCCAAAUGUUCCUGCCACAUAAUCUCGGAGACGAUGCACAAGACCUGCCGAAAGAUCCGAGGAUGUCGAGGUUUUCGAGGAGAGACCUUUCAGUUCGGACUUUGGACGAAAGGUUCAUCAGGAUUCUGAAGAUUUUCAAGUGGGGCCCUGAUGCAGAAAAGGCUUUGGAGGUGCUAAAGUUGAGAGUGGACCAUCAGCUCGUUCGCGAAAUACUGAAGGUCGACGUUGAGAUCGCUGUUAAGAUGCAGUUCUUCAAGUGGGCUGGAAAGAGGAGAAACUUCACGCACGACGCGAGCACCUAUAUGGCCUUGAUUCGCUGCUUGGAUGAAGCUGGGCUGGUUGGUGAGCUAUGGAAGAUGGUUCAAGAAAUGGCUAGGAGUGCAAGCGCGAUCAACCCGGUUGACUUAUCUGAAAUCAUCCACAUGUUGGGCAGGGCUAAGAUGGUAAACAAGGCUCUUUCGAUAUUUUACCAAGUCAAAGGACGCAAGUGCAAAGCUACAACAAGCACUUACAAUUCUAUGAUUAUGAUGCUAAUGCAAGAGGGUCAUCAUGAAAAGGUUCAUGAGCUGUACACAGAGAUGUGUAAUGAUAACAAUUGUCUUCCUGAUACUGUGACCUAUAACACAGUUAUAUCAGCAUUUGCUAAAUUGGGUCAUUCGGAAUCUGCACUUAGGUUAUUUGAUGAGAUGAAGGUGAAUGGUUUACAUCCCACUCCAAAGAUCUAUACAAAUUUGUUGGGGAUCUAUUUUAAAUGUGGGGAAGUUGAAAAGGCAUUGAGUCUAGUCCAAGAGAUGAGAGACAAGGGUUGUGCACUUACUGUUUUUACUUACACUGAAUUGAUUAAGGGGCUUGGCAAGGCUGGGAGGAUUGAUGAUGCCUACAGUGUGUUUAUUAGUAUGCGAAAAGACGGCUGUGAGGUUGAUGUUGUCCUCAUAAACAACAUGAUUAACAUUUUGGGAAGAGCUGGUCGUCUUGACGAUGCUUUAAAAAUCUUUAAUGAGAUGGAAUCCAUGCGAUGUGCGCCAAAUGUCGUAACAUACAACACUAUAAUUAAGGCUUUGUUUGAAUCCAAGGCUCCAGUUUCUGAAGCGGCAUCGUGGUUUGAGAAGAUGAAGGCAAAUGGUAUUGUUCCCAGCUCAUUCACUUAUUCGAUUCUCAUUCAUGGGUUUUGCAAGGCAAACAGGGUUGAAAAGGCUUUGCUACUCCUGGAAGAGAUGGACGAGAAAGGUUUUCCUCCUUGUCCGGCUGCCUAUUGCAGCCUGAUCAACUGUCUCGGAAAGGCGAAUCGUCAUGAAGCUGCUAACGAGUUAUUUCAAGAAUUGAGAGAGAAUUCUGGACGCUUGAGCUCAAGAGUGUAUGCAGUCAUGAUGAAACACUACGGAAAAAGUGGACGUCUCAGUGAAGCUGUUGAUCUUUUUAAUGAGAUGAAGUUGAUAGGCUGCAAUCCUGAUGUUUAUGCUUACAAUGCACUCAUGUCAGGGAUGAUUAGGGCUGGUAUGAUAGAUGAAGCUCAUUCAUUACUUCAGACCAUGGAAAAAAAUGGCUGCAGCCCAGACAUAAAUUCACAUAACAUCAUUCUUAAUGGCUUGGCAAGGUCUGGUGGGCCGGAUCGGGCAAUGGAAAUGUUUACGAAGAUGAAAUGUUCAAAGAUUAAGCCGGAUUCCGUAUCUUAUAACACUGUACUUGGAUGUCUCAGCCGCGCUGGUAUGUUUGAGGAAGCUGCAAAGCUUAUGAAGGAGAUGAAGGCUCAAGGAUUUGAAUAUGACCUCAUCACCUACUCAUCAAUACUUGAAGCAGUUGGUAAAGUCGAUGAAGUUCGGGAACCAGCCUUAUGAGAAACAUAAUUGAUCAGAUCUUAUCUGCAUGGUCUAUUUUAUGCCGAACGGUUGUUAAAUCAUUUGAUAACCAGAGGCAUUCUUUAAUAAAUGAUCACUAUGAGUCAAACUCAAUAGAAUACGAUCAAUCUUUUCUUCUGUCGUUAAGGUGGAAAACUGAACCAAGAAUUCAAUUUCUUUAUCAUCAAUCGAAUCAUUGUUCGCGACAAUCGCUGUUUCACCUCCCAAAAGCAAAGUUGGCUUGACAAGCUCAGAUGAGAGGAAGUGGGUGGGAGCAAUAAACUCCUAUGAUUGGCCAGACAUCUCCUUGUUCGGGUCAUGUGAAUCACAAGUAGAAAAAACUGGAUCUCUUAUUUGCCUUCCAACAGGGGAACUCUCUUAGGUCCUAGUUUUUUUGGAAUUUCUUUGGAUCAUUUCGUAAAGAAGCUUGUCCAGCCACAGGAAUUGAAGAGUGCGAGCACAUUCAUUGAUGCAGCGAAUGCAAGCUCCUGGUGGAAGCUUUUCCAUGAGAUUCCCCAGCUACCGCUAUCGAAUCUCCUUCUUUCGCUUUUCGUAAGUGAAUCAGAGCUGGAAGGGUCUAUCCGAUGUGGGACUGAUGACUUUCUUGGAUCGGAUUCCUUGCUUGCAUUCCUUAUUGGAAUGGAAGUAGGAGGCUUCAAUCAAUUCUCCGGGCGAAGGCUAGAUUUUGAAUCACUUAUCGGAUCAGAGGCAUAUUUCCUUGGUCAUCAUGUAAGUUUUUCUUGCUGUAGAGUUGCCGAUAUUCAAGCAAAAACUCCCCUCUCAGGCACUUGUUUUGACUACUGACCCUUAUAUCCGUAAAUUUAAUUUGGCUUGGUUUUAAGGUAAGGUAAAGCUCCAAAACCAAAAAAGAUGGUGAAGUGAACAACUGUUCCUUUGGAAGGCCGCUCUAUCCUGGCAUGUUUAGAGAGACUUGCGGAAAGGCUGUGAAUCAUGUCUUUGAUAUGGGCGUGCAAGAUCAUGGCAGGGAUCAUUCUGUCUUGAAGAUGAGAAAGUUAGAGAAGUACCUGUCCUCACUCAUCAGUGGCUUCCCUGAUUUUGAUGAGUAUGAGAUGCAUGUUCUUGACUUUGGAGAGGACAGUUUGAUGCUAUAGAUUAGUAUCUGGAGACUGACGGUAUUAAGAAGAUGGAGACGAAGAAGACAUACAUGUCUUGAUACUUCAAAGACACAGAAGUUUGACAUUGGUGAUCUCUUGACAGCGAGCCUUUUUCUUUUCCAGGAAAGACUAUCAAAAUCGUAAUUGGUUAUGAACUUCUGGUUGUUUGGGGAUUAGCAUGUUAAUGUGAGAUGCCUGGCAUAGAGAGAAGGCUGCAGUGCAUCGCCUACAUGUGCUACUCCAUCUCUCUACUUGGUUGACAUGAGAUGUAAGCCAUCAUCUUCUCAAAGUGCCUCGACCCCCUUUUCGUGGGGCUGGUUGGAGAUUUUUAUUUUCAAAGGAGAUGGCAACUGAGAUUCUUGGGCAACCCACGGACAGAGACUAGUUAGAGGCAGCUCUAAACAUUGCAUUGUAUUGCUCAGCUAGAUAGUCUGUCGAUGAAAAGUCUGAGGAUGUACUCAUUGAUGAGGAAGCACUCUGGGAGUAAUUCAAGACUCUUGAAGCUCGUUGCAUUAUUAAAGGCAGGUCUGAUGUCUUCAGGUCCAGGAAAUUCUGGAUCUCACAGAUUCUUCUAUGUAAAACCAGUCUACCACACAAAGUGUGAUGGCUACAAACCAUGUGCAAAAUUUACUUUGUACAUUACGUUGUAAUUUGCUUUUCUAUAUAAUAAAUCACUAAGAAAGUUCAUGGUCGAUAA